AAAAAAUUGUUGUCUUUUUGGAUCUCACCCUAAAAGAACAGCUUAUUGGUUUGUCUAGACUACCAAUGGUGGUGUCUCGAUAAGACAGGAAGAGGAGGUUUCAGUGCCAGAAGUUCAAACAAAGGAACCAAUAGUCUCUAUACAGAGCAUGAUAUUAAUUAAAAACUCAUAAACUAAACAAUCUGUGAUAAAUAAAUUCAGUAAUGCAUAUCUUUGGUAAAGGAAUCAAAAGAUUAUUUUUUUUACAGACAGACACACAAACCAGCUGACAGCACCAAGAACCUGCUAAGGAAUGUCUGUACAAGUGUGCUGGUUAUUUAAGUCCACCCAUGUGAUCAGGAAAGAGGAAGGGCUCCGCUGACGGCUGCUCCAGUGAUGUCUAAUAAUGUUACCACAUUGUGUUUUUACAAAUAUAUUGUACUGUCAGGCUGAGGAACGGGUGAGGGAGAUCUCGUCUGAACUCAGGCAUGAGAUGGUAGAUCUUGGAGGUGCUGAAACCACCACUCAGCUUCAUUUGAGGAAGAACAUCAAGAACAAGGCAAUUGACCCAAGUGGCCUGGCUGAUGUUCCUGUGGGACCUGUGUAUCGUGAAGACUUCUUAAUGGCAGCUACAAAAGGAAAACUUAAAAUUGUUGAAAAGUUCUUAGAAGAUGGAGGUGAUCCAGACACCUGUGAUGAGUUCAGAAAAUCAGCACUGCACAGGGCGGCUUUUGAGGGUCAUGUUAUGGUUUUGGAGAGGUUACUGGAUAAGGGAGCAGACAUCAACUUACAAGACCGCUUGGACUGCACAGCUAUGCACUGGGCUUGCAGAGGUGGACGUCUAGGAGUUCUCAAAGUCCUGCAGAGCAGAGGAGCUAAAUUAAACGUUAGGGACAAGCUCAUGAGCACACCCUUACAUGUAGCUACCAGGACUGGUCACUGGGAAGUGGUGGAGCACCUUCUGGCCAGUGGCAUCAAAGUUAAUGCCCAAGAUUGGGAAGGAGACACUGCCCUGCAUGACGCUGUCAGACUGAACCGAUACAAAAUUGUCAAGUUGCUUAUUUUAGCUGGAGCAGACAUGAAGAUCAAGAAUGCUGAGGGCAUUACAGCCACAGAACAGGUGAAGAUGUGGCAAUUUGACACUAAGGAAACGCUGGAGAAGCUGGAGGAGAUGAAGGAGGGGGGACUGGCCUGAAUGCCACACUUCAUUACUUCUGAGUGAGCCUGAGGGUGCUACAGCUGAGGAGACUGGUGUUCGCACAUGGGAGGAGUAAUGUUGGAACUCUGCUGCUGGAUUGAUGCUCCUUGUUAGCUAUGUUUGAGUGGCUAUGAUAAAAGCCUGCUGUAGUUAUAGAUUAUGCAUGCAACAAUACAGAAAUGUGAACAUUGCCUUGUUGAUUAAACAAAGUAAUUUCGGGUGGUUUGAUGUGAAAUGCAUUUUGGAGAAACUUAACAACUCAUUUAUUUACCAUUCUGAUGAUAGGAACCAUAGGUCGUCUACAAAGCAAAUUUAGACAUUUUAUUUACUAUCUAAAAUGAGCAGUAAACUUAUUUGUCCUCUGAGUUUGUAUGCUGCCAGUUGUGAAGUAGUGGUAAAUCUGGAAUCAUAACUAGUUCAUGUAAUAGCUUUCAUUCAUGCAGCUUUCAUGCACAGAAUGCUUCAGAUGUCUGGUUUCUAUCUCCACUGCUGUGAACAAUUCUGACUCAAUAAGUUUCUCUAGAAUGAUUCCUUUUACAUUUAACCAUUCUAAAUUACUUUCAGCAGACCUUCUCAGCUAUAGAAACCUCUCUUGUGUUUACACUAUAGCCAGGAAAUGUAUUUAAAUAUGAAUUUAUUUGAAAUGGCCAGUUUAUUUUUGCCUAUUAUAUGAUGUGAAUAGAAAUGUCUCCUCAGAUUGCUACAGAGUGUUUUAGAGUGUUUCUCUUCUGGCACCUAACUUGGGAUUUGUUUAAUUAUUCUGUCUCAGGAAUU